AUGGGCAUUUGCGUGCCGUACCACGCCAAGAAGCCCGAGUACGCGGGGGUGGCGCACUGGUGGCGCACGUCGCUGUACAACGCGGAGCUGCUGCUGCACCACCGCCUGCGCAACCACCUCUGCCUCACGCCACACCCCUCCCAGGCGCACCUCUUCUACGUCCCCUUCUACCCCGGGCUGCAGCUGGAGCACGUGUUGGGCUUCUCAAACACCACCAUCGACGAGUAUUAUGACGACCUGGCGCAGUGGAUUCGCCGCCAACCCGCCUUCAAGCGGUACGGCGCCAAGGACCACUUCUUUGGGCUGGGGCGCACCACGUGGCUCUUCCGCCGCUCGCUCUCCCCCGUGCUGGACGGCUCUAACCUCGAGCAGAUGCCCGAGUUCAUGCCCAUGAUGAAGCUGGAGGUGGAGCGCUAUGCAUGGGACGACCAGGACUCGUUCGGGCUGCCCUUCCCCACCGAUUUCCACCCCAUCUCCACCAAGCAGCUGCGCCGCUGGCAGGCCACAGUGCGCAGUGCCAAGCGCCCGUACCAGUUCGCGUGCAUCAUUCCCCCGGACAGCAAGGAGCCCGAGGCGGCCACCAAGACACGGGCGGCAGUGGUGCAGCAGUGCCAGGCGCCGUCCACCUCGUGCGCGCUGCUCAACUGCAGCCGCGGCGACUGCAGUCAUGAGCAGGUCAUGGACCUGUAUCUGUCAGCACAGUACGCGGUGCAGGACGGCAGCAACUUUGGGCUGCGCUACCUCAUGGACUCGCUCGUGGCGGGGGCCGUGCCUGUGAUGCUCUGGAACCGCACCUACGCCCUCUACCACCACCACUUCCCCUCAAACCCCGACUCCUUCUCAGUGUACCUGCCGUACAUCGACGUGCCCGAGUGGACCACCGUGGAGCAUCGCCUCUCCAAGGUCGCCCCUUCCCGCUACCGAGCGCUGCAGCUGCAGGUGAUCCACAUGAUUCCAUCACUCAUCUACGUGGAUCCCUCACAUGUCCUCUCCAACGUGCGCGAUGCCGUUGACAUUGCCAUCGACCACAUGGUCGACCUCUGGCGCGACCGCAAGGCUCGGCACGAGUAUCCCGUACCUGCCACAGCAUCCGAACCUGUUGGUCGAGGUGAGCUCGUUAGGGCGUUUGCGUCGAAAAGCGAUGCCGCGACGGGGGAAAGCGAUGAGGUGGGAACGAAGGUUAGCGCCGGGGAGGGGAGCAGCGGCGCAGGCGGGGAAGCUGCGGGAAAGGAAGUGCGCGGCGAGGGGACCGGUGACGGAAGCGGCGGCGCUGGAGGCGCGAGUGACGUGGACUUUAUGGCGGCGGUGAUUAUCGACGAGGGACUGGCGGCGGAGGUGGCAGCGCGAGAGCAGACGGACAAAUGGAAGGCCUUGGCGGAGGAGCUGCGCCUGGAUGCAGCGUCCGCGCUGGCGCUGGCAAUGGAGGAGUUUGAGGAGGUGCAGAGCGGUACUGGGGUGGCAGCUGCAGAGAUGUCCGUGCUGCUGUGCACGGACGCUUAUAUCAGGGAGCUCAAUAGUGAGUGGCGGGGUGUAGAUGCGCCCACGGACGUGCUCUCCUUCCCCCAAGACCAGCCUCCGGGACUCUCCCCUCUGUUGCUUUUAGGCGAUGUGAUUAUAUCGGUGGAGACGGCACAGCGGCAAGCCAAUGAGAGAGGGCAUUCACUCUUGGACGAGCUUCGCAUUCUCAUGGUGCACGGCAUGCUGCAUCUGCUAGGGUACGACCACGAGGCGCCCAAGGGAACUCCGCAGGGCGCUGCUGACUCAGCGAUGUCAGAAGCUGAGCUGGCGGCAGCGGUGCGUGAGUCAGCGGAACAGAUGGCAACAGAGGAGCUGCGGAUUCUGGAGGCAUUUGCGUGGCGGGGAGUGGGGUUGGUGGCAGCUGCGAUGGGGGAAGAGGGGGGAGGGGCGCAGGGAGGGGGAGAGGGAAGAGGGGAGGCAGGAGGGGAGGGAGGAGAGGAGGGAAGAGUGGAGGGAGGAGGGGAGGAGGGUGAGAAGGGGGGUGUGAAGGCGAGGAUGACAAGGAUUGGCAUGGUGCAAGGUGUGUGGGGGAUGGGAGGGCAGUUGCGAGGUGUGGAAGGGGUGGAGAUGGACGCAAGGGGUGGCGAGGGAUGGAAAGGGGUGGAGAGGAAUGUGAGAGGCGAGGAGAGGAAUGGAGAGGAAUGGAUACAAGUGGAGGAAAGGAAUGCAAGCGAGUUGAGGUGUGACGGUCGUUGCUAA